CAGCCACCGUGGCACUCCACUCUCCCCCAGCAGCCCACCGUGGCACUCCACUCUCCCCAGCGCCACCGGGCACUCCCACUCUUCUCCCCGCAGCCACCGUGGCACUCCACUCUCCCCCCAGCCACCGUGGCACUCCACUCUCCAGCAGCCACCGUGGCACUCCACUCUCCCCAGCAGCCACCGUGGCACUCCACUCUCCCCAGCAGCCACCGUGGCACUCCACUCUCCCAGCAGCCACCGUGGCACUCCACUCUCCCCAGCAGCCACCGUGGCACUCCACUCUCCCCAGCAGCCACCGUGGCACUCCACUCUCCCAGCCACCGUGGCACUCCACUCUCCCAGCAGCCAAGCCACCGUGGCACUCCACUCUCCCCAGCAGCCACCGUGGCACUCCACUCUCCCCAGCAGCCACCGUGGCACUCCACUCUCCCCAGCAGCCACCGUGGCACUCCACUCUCCCCAGCAGCCACCGUGGCACUCCACUCUCCCCAGCAGCCACCGUGGCACUCCACUCUCCCAGCAGCCACCGUGGCACUCCACUCUCCCCAGCAGCCACCGUGGCACUCCACUCUCCCCCAUCAGCCACCGUGGCACUCCACUCUCCCCAGCAGCCGUGUGCACUCCACUCUCCUCCCCAGCAGCCACCGUGGCACUCAAUUCCUUCCCCUCUUCUACUCUUAUUCCAAGCCUUCCUCACUAA